GAAAGCGGAGUAUAUCAUUCGAUUUCGGAUUAUACAAACUAAGAAUUCGAAGUGUGAGAAAUCUAAUAGAAAAAUGAAUACGUACCGAGGAAGAGGAGGAUAUGGAAUCGAAUCAAUGACGGUUUAUCACAGUGGGAUCAACGAAAAUUUUCUUGACAAAGCAAUUGAAAGGUCAAGAGGAAGAGAAUUUAAACGUAGAGGAAGACGAACAGGGUUUUAUGACUCAGAAGAGGAAUGCAUCGAGAGCGAGGAAGAAUUACCUACAGGUGACAUCACAGAUCAGUUUGGGAAAAUGGAUUGCAAAACUUCUGGUGUACAAAGAAAUUAUGUUUCUGGACGUCAAGACAAAAGUACAAGGAAAGAAAUAGAAUAUUCCAUAGAAAAUGUACAUGCUAGCUAUGAUCUCUCCGAAGAAGGUGUGUUCAAAUUCCUUGUCAAAAGAACGGGUGGUUUAUCUAGUGUAUCAAGUUUCAGAGAAGAAUAUUUCCAUUUACCAGUAAACUUUACUGAAUGGUUGUUGAAAUGCAAAGAAAAACUUACUGUUUAUAAAAGAGAACAAGAGCCUAAGUGCAUCGGGCCCUUUUAUAAGAAUGCAACUUUGUGCUUCCAUCACACUGGAAUCGGAAAUGUAAAGGAAUGCAGUCGAGUAAAUUGCUGUCAUUUUCACAUUUGUAAAUUCUAUCUCAAUGGAUUCUGCAAAAAUGGCAAUAGAUGUAAGAGGGAGCACGAUUUUACAAACGAACACAAUAGAAAGAUAAAGGAAAAACUCGGGCUCGAGGAUUUUAAUGACAAAGAAAUCAGAGUCAUACUUUUAUGUAGGUACCCACAGGUUUGCCGUGCCCGAACAUGCUUGGCAGGGGAAGAUUGUCCGUAUCUUCACAUUUGUUACAAUUUUAUAUCAAAUAGAUGUGAAGAUUCGGAGUGCGAAAGAGGACACUCAUUCGAGACGCCACAUAACAGAUGGGUUCUUUCCGUGUACAAAAUGGAGAGAUGGCCACGAGAAAAGUUGUACCUGCUCAGGUUGUUGAUAAACAUGCCAAGAAAUCAACUAAGCGUGACUUAUCAUCUCCAACCUCCACCAAUGCAUCCCAUGUUAAUAGACACUGAAACAUAUAAAGAGGUAGAACGCAUGGAUUGCAAUUAUGAAAUAAAAGCACAGCUUAUUGAAAAUGAGCAAAAACCAUUAGGAUAUAUCACAGAAAAUAGAGAAGAAAGAAAAUAUCUUCCUCCUAGUAGGAUCCCUACCACGUCAUAUCUUUUCUCAGCAAAAGACCUUUCAGAAUCCAGGAGUGAACUGGAUGCAGAUGCUGACAAACAGUACAUUUGUUUGAAUGCUUUGACAGGAAGUUGUCAAUGGAGAGGUUGUAAAAAACACCACACACGGCUACCCUACCUCUGGCAGAUCCGUAUGUAUGGAGAGUGGGUCAGCUUUGAUGACGAAGAAAACCAAAAACUUGAACAAAGUUACAGCAGUUUGGAAGACAGUGCUGAUGGAAAGUUACCUUUUCCGGAAAACACAGAGAAGAUUACUCUGUACUUCAGAAAGGAAUACGGUGUCACUGACAUGGCUGGAAAGUCAAUUAAGGUACCAUACAGACGACUCACCACUGUAUCAUUUGCUGAAGAGGACAUUCCACUUAAAAUAGGUACCUUCCACACACAAUGGAGGUGGUAUUUUAAAAAUGACUUUGGACAGUGGACUCAGUAUGAAACGGAUCUUUUACAACACACGCUGGAGAAGAAAUAUAUAUCAAAGCAAAAAAGUUAUCUAUUUACCAGAGAGAGCCACAAAUUUAAGUACAAGGUAGAGUUUACAGAGCGGAAGCAAAUCAAUAUUGAUACCAAGAAGGUUCGCAAAAUUCGAAGAAGGCCCAUAUUUGUGUCUCUAGCUGAAGUACAGUCAAGACAAUUUCCAAGAUUGUUAGAUGUUGCCAUAGCUGAACCAUGUCCAGCUGAAUGGGAUCCGUUAGACUUAGCACAUGAUUUUGAAUGGGUUGAUUUAGAGAGAGACGGCAGAGAGUAUAAAACCGUAGAAACUGAAUUCUUUUCAACACUCAGAAAGGAAAGAUUUCAGAUAAACAACGUAUUUCGCAUACAGAAUCUAUGCCUAUGGAAUGAAUUCGAAAUGAAGAGGGCAAAUAUGGAGAAAACUCAAUCUAUAAAAACUGGAAGCAUUGAUGAGAGAAGUCUCUUUCAUGGUACCGAUUCUUUUGACACGUGCUACGGUAUCUGUACCAAUAAUUUUGAUUUUCGUUUGAGCGGCAAAAAUGCAACAGCGUAUGGAAAAGGUUCUUACUUUGCAGUUUCAGCAAAGUACAGCAACGGGUUCACAAAAGGUCCUAUUCGUUUAAUGUUCAAAGCAAAAGUUUUGAUCGGAAACUUCGUUAAGGGAAAACAUGACGUAACGUGCCCACCAACUAUCCCUGGCAAAGGCCACAAAAGAUACGAUUCCUGUGUCGAUGACGUCACAAAUCCUUCUAUAUUUGUUGUGUUUGAUAGAAACCAAUGCUACCCAGAGUACCUUAUUGCAUAUAAGGAAAUUCCUAAAGACACCUCAGUAGAUUUGCCAAUACCUUGGAGUAGCAUACAAGUAAGUAAUUUGAGUGUCACCAGCGUAAACAAAUCGGUCCCAACAGCCACCUCAGCACAAAGCAGCGGAAAUCGAGGUCCAUCUGCAGCCAUUCAGAAUACAAGAAGCAUGCAUUCCAGUGGUGUUUCGAAAGUUUCUUCAAGCUCACAAGCAGUUGCUGGAUUCUCGACAUCUACCCUAACAUCAUCUCUUGAAAAAUCCAAUCCUACCAGUGAACAAACACGUUCACUCGGUACUCAGAGAAAUACCGGUAAUUCCUCUGUGAUGAAUUCAUAUAAACCGAGCUUAUUAAGUAACAAACAAGCAUAUACUUCGAGUACCACCAAGGCAAACACUUCAGUGCCACCACCCACAUCUGAUCAUAAUAGUAGCUCACGAGGUCAACCUGCUGCCAUAUAUACCACGAAUAAUAUUAAUACCGGUAGUGUGUCAACAGUUCCUUCAAAUUCACAAGCGGCUUGUAUGUCCUCAUGGCCCACUUUGUCAUCUUCUGCAAGAAAUACCAACACUCUCAGUGGCCAAACGAGUUUUUCCACUAGUCACAGCAACAGGUCUUUUCCGGAUAGAAAUCGGAGAAAAGACUCGUGUAACAUUCUUUGAAGAUCAGUACAUGUAUAAGGGAAGCACUGUUAUGAAGCACUGAUAAGCACUGCAAAGGAAGUCUGGUUAUGCCUACUUCGUGAAAUGGUCCGGACAUAUUCUGACAAUGCAAUCUCUUUCCAUCCGUCAUGCUGGGUUGUCCAAUUUUUUUUUUUGGUUGUUUGAGAAUUCUUUUAUGGAUGAACUGGAGAUGGUUUACAGAUUACUGAGUCGAAUGAGUGAUUUUAGCAAAGAGAUCUACACAUAACUUUUAAAAAUUCAAAUCAAUCGAGACGUUUAUAAUGCCUUUACGUAUUGUGCUGAUUUGUUAAUUUGUUACUUGUGUGUUUUAGGGCAUCUGAGUUACUAUGUGAAAUAACCAA